AUGGCCCAAGCCCAGGCGGAUUAUUCCGCCAAAAAGUACACGCCGAGCCAACAUGAAGACCUCAAGCAUGAGGGCGCGCACCAGAUUGCAGGACACGGUCAUGCUGCUACGGACAUCUACGGGCAUGCCCUAAUGGAGUUCGAUAAGAAAGCCGAGUCACGUCUCAGGCUGAAGAUUGACCUGUACAUCAUCCCGACCGUGGCCCUCCUCUACCUCUUCUGCUUCAUCGAUCGUGCCAACAUUGGAAAUGCUCGUCUAGCCGGCCUCGAAAAGGAUCUUGGACUCACGGGCUACGACUACAACACAGUUCUCUCUGUCUUCUACAUCAGCUACAUCAUUUUCGAGAUUCCUUCGAAUAUCUGCUGUAAAUGGAUGGGACCGGGAUGGUUCAUUCCUAUCAUCUCCCUAUGCUUUGGUAUUGCAUCGAUUGGCACGGCCUUUGUUCAUGACAUUAGCGCAAUUUGUGGAGUACGAUUUCUCCUGGGUAUCUUCGAAGCUGGUAUGCUGCCAGGCAUCGCAUACUACAUGUCUCGGUGGUAUAGACGCUCUGAACUUGCGUUCAGACUGUCUUUGUACAUUGUCAUGGCUCCCCUAGCAGGUGCCUUUGGAGGUUUAUUGGCUUCGGCGAUUCUCACACUCGAUUCUUUUGGCUCCCUCACACGUUGGAGGAUGAUAUUUGCCAUCGAGGGCAUAGUUACCUGCUGCUUGGCACUAAUCUCCUUCGUUACGCUCACGGAUCGCCCGGAAACUGCGCGCUGGUUGACUCAGGCAGAGAAGGAUUUGGCUAUUGCUCGUGUCAAGUCUGAACGUGUUGGCCAGAACGAGGUACUGGAUAAGCUGGACAAGAAGAAAACGCUCCGCGGUAUCUUCAACCCCGUGGUACUGACAACCUCGUUCAUUUUCCUACUCGACAACAUUACGGUGCAGGGUCUUGCUUUCUUCGCACCCACAAUUGUCAGAACGAUAUACCCACAAGAUUCAGUCGUCUCGCAACAGCUCCACACCGUUCCGCCAUAUGUCGUCGGCGCCUUCUUCACGGUUCUCUUGCCCUUCCUGAGCUGGAGAUAUGACAGGCGCACGAUCUUCUUCAUCCUAGGAGCACCGCUCAUGAUGAUAGGAUACAUCAUGUUCUUAGCCAGUACCGAAGCAAUGGUUCGAUAUGGGGCUACCUUCUUGAUUGCAUCGGGAGCAUUCUCGUUUGGUGCCCUUUGUAACGCGCAGGGCUCGGCCAACGUUGUAUCCGACACCGCGCGCGCAUCCGCUAUCGGUACUGUUGUGAUGUUCGGAAACGUAGGCGGUUUAAUCUCGACCUGGAGUUUCCUACCAACAGACGCUCCAAACUACCCUAUCGGUAACGGGCUCAAUCUGGCGACUAGCAGUACGAUUCUGAUCUCGAGUAUCCUUCUCUUGCUCUGGAUGAACAGGAGUAACAAGCAGCGCGAGAGCAUCGAUGUUGAUCAGGAAUUGGCUGGCAAGUCAGAAGGAGAAAUUGAGGAUCUCGAUUGGAGACAUCCGUCGUUCCGAUGGAGGCCGUGA